AUGGCGUCGAUCCGGAGAACUCUUUCGCCGAAGUUCCGGGACCGGCCGUACCUCAACGGCGGCUCUCCGUUUUCAGUCCAAUCGCCGUCGUCGCAGAAGUCCUUCUCCAGCUCCAAGUACUCUUCUUCGCCGCUUGUCUCGGCGUUUAUAGCGUUCGCCGUCGCGGUCCGGCGAUUCCUCGCCGGCGCUCUGUUGCAGCGAGCGCCGCGGAAAGGCCAGCAGUGGCGGCGAGCGUUUUUCAGGUGCUUGAUGUUCUUCUUCCUAGGGUUCUUGCUCGGCCUGGUCCCGUUCGGCCACGUCGACGACGACGACGCCGAGAUUCGCCGCAGCCACGGCUUCAGCUUCGACAUCAAGCCGCCGCACGUCAAUGUCCAAUUCGACGGCGGAGAUCAAGUCGUGAAACGCCGAGAGGAUCUCGUCUUGAACGUCAGCUCCGCCGUGGUGGAGGCGGAGGAGAAGUCCAAUGACGUGGCGGUGGAGGAGAAGUCCGAUGUCGUGGCGGCGGAAGAGAAGUCCGAUGACGUGGCGGCGGAAGAGAAGUCUGAUGACGUGGUGGAGACGACGGCGGAGGCGGGGAUGGUGCCGAGGAAGCAGGUGAUUGUGGUGACGCCGACAUACAACCGCGCAUUUCAAGCCUACUUCUUGAACAGGGUGGCGCAGCUGCUGAGACUUGUACCUCCGCCGCUGCUUUGGAUUGUGGUGGAGACCAAAGCCGCGUCGCCGGAGACUGCUGAUGUUUUGAGGAAGAGUGGAGUCAUGUACAGGCAUUUGGUGUGUGUCAACAACUCGACCAGCGCUAAGGACCGAGGCGUGUAUCAGAGGAACACGGCGUUGGAGCACAUUGAGCGCCAUAAGCUCGACGGCAUUGUGUAUUUUGGGGAUGAUGACAACAUAUACACCCUCGACUUGUUCGAUAGCUUGAGAGAAAUCAACCGUUUUGGGACUUGGCCUGUUGCUAUGUUAGCACCAAGCAAGAACAAGGCCAUAUUGGAAGGUCCAGUAUGCAAUGGGAGCCAAGUAAAUGGAUGGCACACAAAUGAUAAAAGCAAGAGACUUCGUAGGUUUCAUGUUGAUAUGUCAGGAUUUGCCUUCAAUAGCACAAUAUUGUGGGAUCCGAAGAGAUGGCACCGCCGAACGUCUGUUCCAAUUCGGCAAUUAGAUUCAGUGAAGGAGGGUUUCCAAGAGACUACUUUCAUAGAACAAGUGGUUGAAGAUGAACGUCAAAUGGAAGGUACGCCAGCUGGUUGUUCAAAAGUAAUGAACUGGCAUCUUCAUUUGCAAGCUCUUAAUCAUGUCUAUCCCAAAGGCUGGCAACUUCAGAAGAACCUUGAUGUUGUUCUCCCCAUUCAGUGACUUACUUACUAGCCAUGCAAUUUUGAUUCUUAUAGCUGGAAAGUUCUCAAAUUUCAUGUGGGUAGUUGGAUCUGAAUGAAUCAUUGCUUAAUCGCUAGACUCAAGCAUUAAGCAUCCCCGGAAAGAUCGGUUAGACAGUGACAGACAAACAGAAUAUGUGGUUUUUCUUUGUUUGUAGAAAUUUUCCUGCAUGAUAUAUAUAUUCUUUUACAGAAACGAAAUUUCGUUUUUGUUGUAGGGUUAUGGUUCUUGAUAUCAGGUUUUUAGACGUAUUACUAAGAACAGUUGGUACACUGCCCUCCAAAAUUCAGAUGGGUAGGUUUGUCCAAAUACUCUGAUGUAGGCCUCGUACCAAAUCAAGCAAAGAGGAACUUGUUCUGAUACC